CUCCCCCUCCCCCUCCCCCUCCUCUCCCUUCCGCGGCAGCCCCGAGAAGCGCUGCGGGCCCCACCUCCCCUCUUCCACCGAGAGCCAUCAGGAAGGAAGGUAGGAAGGAAGGGAAAGAAAGAAAGGGGCGGGCGCAGCGACGAUGGCGUACAGGGCGGAGGACGACUACGACUACCUCUUCAAGGUGGUGCUCAUCGGCGACUCGGGCGUCGGAAAAUCGAACCUGCUGUCCCGGUUCACGCGCAACGAGUUCAGCCUCGAGUCCAAGUCCACCAUCGGGGUCGAGUUCGCCACCAGGAGCAUCAGGGUCGACGACAAGGUCGUCAAGGCCCAGAUCUGGGACACCGCCGGGCAGGAGAGGUAUCGGGCAAUUACAAGUGCGUACUAUCGAGGGGCUGUUGGUGCACUUGUCGUGUACGACGUGACACGCCAUGUGACCUUUGAGAAUGUGGAGAGGUGGUUGAAGGAGCUCCGUGAUCACACCGAUGCAAACAUUGUCAUCAUGCUUGUCGGUAACAAGGCUGAUCUGCGACACCUUAGGGCCGUAUCUGUGGAGGAUGCCAAGGGCUUCUCUGAGAGGGAAAGCACGUACUUUAUGGAGACAUCUGCGCUGGAGUCCAUGAACGUCGAGAGUGCCUUCACCGAGGUUCUAACUCAAAUCUAUCGUGUGGUCAGCAAGAAGGCCCUCGACAUUGGCGAUGACCCUGCUGCUCCACCAAGAGGACAAACCAUCAACGUUGGCGGCAAGGAUGAUGUCUCUGCUGUGAAGAAAUCAGGGUGUUGCUCAUCCUAAAUUCCUUAUGACCAUGAAAAGGAACCAUAUGCUCACCUGAUUGAUUAUAUGACGGGUAACUGAAAAUAUGACUCCCUUAUGCUGCCUAACCUGUUGGUUUUGAGAUUAUGUUGGUACACAAAGAAAUUGAUUUAGACGUUAAGUGAUCAAUUCCAGGUUGGGAGAAAAAAACUAACUUUUUGUAGUGUCAUGAUAUUCAUUGCUUCCUUCUAUGCUUUCUUCAUUGGUGUGCCACACUAAUUGACAUGAGAAUCCUCUCCACAUCUCACUACGUAACAUACCCAAGUAAAGUGUUGUAAUUGGACCUAUGAAUUGUUAAUUUUCUUGCUGGAAUCAAAGAUGUUAUCAUGUCUUUUGUAUCACGAGGGAUUAUGUUCUACUCAGUAAAUGUCCAUCUGUCACUGGUAGGCAGCAAGAGUUUUUAGAGGGUUAUAUUGUGUAAUUCUCACAGUUGUACAAAAUUUGGAUUGAAGGUUCAUGUUCCUUAUCAGCCGCUUUAUUUUCAUGUUUAGAUGUUUUCGCAUAUUUUGUAUUCACUGUCCAUGAUAUUUAAGCGAAUAUCUAUCUUUUGUUUUUCUAUUUUUCA